CUCUUGUGCUCCAGUGUGUUACGUACGACACUGUGAAUCCCUUCAUAUUAUCGUGCUUCUUGGCGUACUAUCUGCCUGAAUUCCAUUUGACCCUGUACUGUAUUAUUACUGAGCUAUUCCUGUUUGGGUGGUGAGAAGCACGUGACGUCCAUUUUGGUCGUGGUCGGCCUGAUCUCAUCUCAACCUGACAUUUGCGGCAGCCAUAUCUCGCUAAACAACACACAACCACGCUAAACUCAAUUCUUCGCCAUUAGGGUUUGCUUACCUCAUCCCCACUGCAAGAAUAUUUCGAAGCUCGAGAUCUGAACAUUCGACGAACUCCAAGCACGACACCUCCGCCAAACGCCCAACACAACACAUUUGCGCUUCAGAAAUCACCUGAAUCGCAAUAAUGGGUAUCUCUCGCGACUCCAGGCACAAGCGCUCCGCUUCAGGAGCCAAGCGUUCCCAUUACCGGAAGAAGCGCGCUUUCGAAGCCGGCCGCCAGCCAGCCAACACCCGUAUCGGCGCCAAGCGCAUCCAUCUCGUCCGUACCCGUGGUGGCAACCGCAAGUUCCGCGCCCUCCGCCUCGACUCCGGCAACUUCUCGUGGGGAUCUGAGGGUAUCGCCCGCAAGGUCCGCGUCAUCACCGUCGCUUUCCACCCUUCCAACAACGAGUUGGUCCGCACCAACACUCUGACCCGCUCCGCCGUCGUCCAGAUCGACGCCGUUCCUUUCCGCCAGUGGUACGAGGCCCACUACGGCGCCAACCUCGGUCGCCGUCGCCAGCAGAAGACUGGUGAGGUCGUCGAGCCAGAGAAGAAGUCCAAGUCGGUCGAGAAGAAGCAUGCCGAGCGCCAAGUCGCCCACGGCAAGGUUGAGGCCGCUCUCGAGAAGCAGUUUGAGGCCGGCCGUCUGUUCGCCGUCGUUUCGUCUCGCCCCGGCCAGAGCGGCCGUGUUGACGGUUACGUUCUUGAGGGUGAGGAGCUUGCUUUCUACCAGCGCCAACUCCGCAAGUAGACUAUCUACUGGAUGUUUACUGGGGCAUGUAUUUUUGUUUGUGGCAUGAGCAUCAGCUACAGGGCUCCGGAUAGGUGUCAAGGAAGCAAGGCACUAAGUUGCUGAACGAAUUCAAAGAUCACAAUAACCAUAAAAUUUCAGGAA